CUGAACUUCGAAAAUUCACUACUAAGUAGCGCUUUGAUCAACGUAGAUUUUGGGUUUCAAGGUACUGCUUCUUCUUAAAAGAUCGUAAUAUUUUCUAACCUGCUGCAUUGACUGCAAUGCUAAAUAUUUCAUACUUUUGAUUUUAUGUAUUAUCUAAUUUAUUCGAAAUGCCCAAAAAAUCCGGUAAAUCCGUGUGGGGUAAUCGAGGGGGACGAGCAAAUAAUUCUGAAGACAAACAUUACUUUGGACAUGACGAUAGACUUGUCAGAAUGGAAGGAAGAUUGUAUAGUAAUAGACCUCGUGUAUCGUUUAAGCCACAACCAAGGCCUAAUAGAGAUAUACCAAGAAGUUUGUUAGAGGCUUAUUUAGAUGAUGAUAUUCCAAUGGGUGCAAAUUCAAAUAAUAACAAUAAUAACAAUAAUAAUAGACAAGUAAUUGUAAGAGGAAGAGGAAGAGGCUUGUCUAGAGGUAGAAAUAGCCCUUUACCACCUAGAGGUUUUCGAGGAGGUAUACUCCCUAGACCACAACUUACUCUUGGAGAAGCUAAUUGGUACAAGAUUAUUAUACCAUAUGGACAAAAAUAUACAAAAGACUAUGUAAUAAAUAAUCUUUUGAGUUAUAUCGCCCCAGAAACUUUUGUGCCAAUUAUGUAUAAAGCUAUGGGGAGUGAAGCCGUUUUCUAUGUCGAUGAUCACAAAACAGCAAAUGCACUUCUUAAUUGUGAUCGUAAAAUUACCACAACAGAUGGUUUUAAGCUUCAAGUUAGGGUUAAACCAGGAUUUCCUCAAUGUGAAAUUAAUGAUAAACUAAAAGAAAGAUUAAAGCAAGCUAUGGUAAAACGAUAUGUUCAAGAAAACAAUGCUUUAGAUUUGUCAAGAUUUCAUCAAGAUCCAGAUCUUGUCACUGAUUAUUUUUGUGCAUUGUUUCGACCAGUUAUGUUACUAACUGUAUUGGACAUUGUCUCAGAACAUAUUCCCACAUUAGAAGCUUUAAAUUUAGAUGGCAACAAACUUAAUUUAAUUGAAAGACUCAAUGUGCUUCAUAAAAAAUUUCCAAAAUUGAAAAUAUUGUAUAUAGGUGAUAAUAAGAUAAGAGAAAUUAAUCAAUUAGAUGUUUUGAAAGAUUUAAAAUUAGAAGAAUUACGGCUAGCUGGAAAUCCUGUGUGCGUCAAAUAUAAGUCUCGACAGAGUGAUUAUAUUAGUGAUGUGCGGAAAAGGUUUCCCAAGCUCCUGAGACUGGAUGGUAUGGAGCUACCACGUCCAAUCUUAUUCGAUGUUGUGGAUGAUACUUCAAAGAUACCUCCUACCCAACGAAUAUUCACUACAGAUACCAAGGCCCAAGAAGUAGCAAGUCAAUUUCUGCAACAGUAUUUCAUGAUUUUCGAUAGUGCUAAUCGUCAACCACUGCUAGAUGCUUACGACGAACAUGCAUGCUUCAGUUUAACAGUAACUACUCAUGCUCAUAAUGCAAAUAAAUUAAGUACAUACAUCUUGGAAAAUAGAAAUUUAUUUAGAAUAAAUGAUACUAAUAAAAGACAAAAAUUAUUAAAACAAGGAAGAUUGCCUGUGGUUUCAUUUAUCUCAGAAAUGCCACAAACUAGACAUCAUCUACACACAUUCACAAUGGAUAUUAGUCUAGUUACUGAAGGAAUGAUGUUAAUUACAGUAACCGGAUUAUUUAAAGAGCUGAAUAGUAAAGAUGAACCAGUACGGUAUUUUAACAGGACAUUUAUUAUAGUGCCAAAGGGAAACGGAUAUUGUAUUCUUAACGAACAGUUACAUAUCAGUCAUCCAACUGAAAUGCAACAUAAACUUUUAUCAAAUCAUACUGCAGAAGCACAAAUGUCCGAAGGCCCCUCGAUAUCUAAAACCUCAAAUUCUGGUGUAGAAACAACGGUUCCUCAAUUAUCAGAAGAAGUAAAACAACAAAUGACUGUAACAUUAAGUCAGCAGACAAACAUGAAUCUGGAAUGGAGUUUAAAAUGUUUGCAAGAAGUUCAAUGGAUUUAUGAAAAUGCUGUAUCUGCAUUUCAAGAAUUUUUCAAGCGAGGACAAAUACCACCAGAAGCGUUUAGUAAGUAAAUUUUGCUAUCAUUAAAAAGUUAGAAAGAUGUUUCAGAUUCAUGUCUUUCUGCUUGAAGAAAUAUUACUUAAUAUAAAUAAGGUGCUGAAGUUUUGGAUAUUCAUAAAAUUUCAUAAUAAUAUUUUAUAUUUCAUUAAUUUUAAUUAAAGAAAAAAGGAAAAGCAAUCAAAUGUUUUUAAUUCAUUAUUCUUUAGAUGAGAUGUUUAUCCAAAACAUUUGCAAUUAAAUAUAAUAGUAGAUUAAAACAUAGUAUGCAACAUCAGGUUUAAGUUUAUAUUCUAAACCAGAGAUGUGCUAACUUCUUGUCAGAAAAAAAUGAUUUUCCUACUAGUGUUAUUUUAUUAUUUCCAUUAGAGUAUGCUUACUUCUACAGCAUUUUCAAAUGUUAUAAUCCACGUACGAUCUCUUUAUUUGUAGACAAAAAAUAAUAGCAUAGCGUGGUAAUCUAAUAAUAGUAAAUAAACGCUUGCUGUUCUGUCAUGCAAUCAUGAAAGGCAGUAUCUCUAAGAGUUAAUUUUAAAAAAAUGCCUUUUGAGAAGUUAUUUAAAAAAUCGUAUAAGAACAAGUUCUUCCCAAUAAUGUAUAAUAAAAGAAAAUAA